AUUAGCUAUCGAUUAUUUUCGAUACGCAUUACGCACACUGCAAGGAUUCCACGUGAUAUUGUUUACAGCUGUUUUAGCGUGUAAUUAUUUAAUUUUAAUACAUAAAUCGUAAUUACGAUCAAUUAUGACAGAACAAUAUCUAAAAUCCAUCAAGGUCGGUUUCAUCGGAGGCGGAAAUAUGGCUAGUGCCAUAGGCGCUGGUUUAAUUCGCAAGGGUAUAUUAAAUCCAGAUAAUGUCUGGGUUUCUGGUCGUACGGACAGAACACAUGGAUUUUGGAGGGAUCUGGGAGCUCAUCCGACGUUAAAAAACAACGAAGUUGUGAGCAACUGUGACAUCAUCUUUUUGACGGUGAAACCACAUAUGCUGGACGAUGCGCUUGAUACUAUUGUAGGGAGAAAAGUGGGUGACGCAUGGGAGAAAUUUGAGAGUAAGCUCUUUAUCUCAGUACUUGCUGGAAUAUCUCUUGAUGUCUUGUAUAUUAAACUCUCAGCAGUUAUAACUUCACCGAGGAUAAUUAGAUCCAUGCCAAAUACACCCAUGAUGGUCGGGGAAGGAAUCACAGUUUAUUGUAGCAACAACGCUGAGUCAAAAGAUCUGGAAAUGGUGGAUAUGUUAUUCUCUUAUAUCGGCAUGAGUGAAAAUGUUCCAGAAAGUCUUAUGAACGGCAUUGGCGGUUUGUCAGGUAGCGGCCCAGCAUUUGCAUAUCUCAUCAUAGAGGCACUAGCGGACGGAGCUGUGAAAAUGGGUGUGCCGAGGCCAAUGGCGACUAAAUUUGCAGCACAAGUACUAGUAGGGGCUGGAAAAAUGGUACUUGAAACUGGACGACAUCCUGGUCAGUUGAAGGAUGAAGUCUGUUCACCUGGAGGUACCACUAUUACUGGCGUCCACACUAUGGAAAUGGGAGGAGUCAGGGGCUCUAUGAUGAAUGCUGUCGAGGCUGCUGUGAAUAAAACAAAUGAACUAUCUCGCUUAAAAUAAUAAUUCUCAAAAAAUAGAUGUCAAUAUUUUAAGGUAUGUAUAUUGAACAAACAUUUGAUGUUACCUUACUACUUAUUUAAGCUACAUUUUAUAUUCAUAAUAUUUGAAGAUUAGAUUUAUAUAAUUAUAAUGUAUAUAAAUACGUAUCAUGUCAAUAAAUUUAUUAGAUUCAUAGUGCAGGCGACAAUACUAGAAAAAUCAGUAGUGCUCCUGGGUACUACCAGGAUUCGAUUCUAGGCUUUUCUCCUUCUCAAGCAAUCACUGUAUCACUGAAUCACAACUGUAUCUAUCUUGAUACUUUUAUGUUCCAAAUGAAAAUACAGAACAGUUAUGUAAUUUUUGAAAUUUA